AUGGGUUUAACUAUUUCAAGCGUUUUUACGCGGCUCUUCGGCAAAAAACAGAUGCGUAUCCUAAUGGUUGGGCUCGAUGCCGCUGGCAAAACUACUAUACUUUACAAGCUGAAGCUAGGAGAGAUUGUCACAACAAUACCCACUAUCGGUUUCAAUGUCGAGACUGUGGAAUACAAGAAUAUAAGCUUCACAGUUUGGGAUGUUGGUGGUCAGGACAAAAUUCGGCCAUUGUGGCGUCACUACUAUCAAAAUACACAGGGACUUAUAUUCGUUGUGGAUUCUAGUGAUACAAAACGGAUAGCAGAAGCAGAGAAUGAACUGGCUAAUAUGCUGAAAGAAGAUGAGCUGAGAGAUGCCGUAAUUUUGGUAUUUGCGAAUAAGCAGGACAUGCCAAAUGCAAUGACAGCUGCUGAACUUACGAAUGCAUUGAAUCUUAAUAAUUUAAGAAACCGUCGUUGGUACAUCCAAGCAACAUGCGCAACCCAAGGCCAAGGUCUAUACGAAGGUUUAGACUGGCUCUCCAACGAACUGGCAAAGAAGUGA